AUGCUGGCGGUCGUGGCGCCCGCAUUAGCCGCGCUAUAUGCCAAGGCUCACAACUGCCAGCUCCCACCACAGGCCAAUUCAGGAUUCUUCGGUAUUGCAAAUUAUAUUCAAAUAAAGAAAGCCGCCGACAACAAGCGUUGGGUCGAGUACUUGGCGGACCAGUGGCGCAUCAAUGGAAGCACGUUCCAACAGAUGAUUCUAGGACAACGAGUGACGACAACUAUUGACCCUGAGAAUCUCAAGGCGCUCCUGGCUGCCCAAUUCAAUGACUUUGCUCUAGGAACCAGACAUGAACAGUUCUCUCCCCUUCUUGGGGAUGGGAUUUUCACCCUUGAUGGUGCUGGCUGGUCUCAUGCGCGAGGCCUUCUCCGACCGCAAUUUGUUCGUGAGCAGGUAGCUGAUUUGAAUCUUCUCCGUGAUCAUGUCACGCGGCUGAUUGGAUUGAUUCCCAAGGAUGGCUCGGACUUUGAUAUCCAGCCUCUUUUCUACCUCCUGACCAUUGACUCAGCCACGCACUUUCUCUUUGGAGAGUCGGUCGGCUCUAUGAACUCCCAGGGCUCGGACUGUCUUGUCAACUCUUCUGUGAAGGACAGCGAAGGCUUUGCAGAGGCGUUCAAUACAUCGCAGAAGUGGCUCAGUGCGCGGGCCAGAGCAGUUGAUCUCUACUGGAUGAUUAACCCGAGAGAGUUCCGCGAGGCUAAUAAGCGCGUGCAUGAGGUUGUUGAUCAUUACGUGCGACUGGCGCUUGAUAACAAGAGACACUCGGAAAAAAAGGACAAUAAACGGUUUAUUUUCGCCGAGGCGCUCGCGGAGCAGACGGACAACCCGAAGGUUCUUCGGGACAACAUGCUUAAUAUUCUCCUCGCGGGUCGAGAUACUACAGCUAGCCUGCUGAGCUCGGCUUUCUUCUUUCUAUCGCGGCAUCCCCGCGUCUGGAAUAAACUUCGCGGUGCGGUUAUUGAGACUUUUGGAGACAGCCAGAACCCUCGCGAUGAGAUUACGCAUCUGAAGCUGAAGGAUACCCCUUAUCUACGGCAUGUCCUGAAUGAAGUUCUUCGUCUGCUGCCACCAGUACCAUUAAAUUCCCGCGUCGCUGUGGAAAACACCACUCUUCCUGUUGGGGGCGGACCCGACGGACGAUCACCUGUGUUUGUCGCGAAGGGCGAAUUGGUGAUCUACAGUGUCUUUCCAUGCAUCGGCGAACCGACUACUACGGAGACGAUGCUGAGACCUUCCGGCCCGAACGAUGGGAGGAGGACGGCCGCCAUGGCUGGGAGUAUCUUCCGUUCAAUGGCGGUCCGCGGGUCUGCUUGGGUCGUAAAACAAUAUGCCCUAACCGAAGCAAGCUAUACAUUGGUCCGGCUGAUACAACACUUUGAUGCAGUGGAAAAUGCUGAUCCGCUCUUGGUCCAGCCUGUCAUAGAGAAUAACCUUACCAUGUCGCAUGGUCAGGGUGUCAAGGUCCGUAUGCACCCUGUUUGA